AUGGCAAAAAUUGCAGAAUGAGAUACAGUCAAUUUGAUAUCAUCAAUAAGUGUUCAGCCCAAUUCAAUUGUAACAACAUUAAAAAAAAUAAAAAAGCUAGACUACUUUUUAAAAUUAAAAAAAGACACAAAAUGUGGCCAAAAUUGCAGGAAGUGAUUCAGUAUUUUGACAUUUAAAUUAAGUAUACUGGGAUAUCGCUUAAUAUGCAAAGUGCUCGCCCAAUUCAAUUAUCACAGAAAUCUAGAGAUCCAGCUUGUCCUUUUGAUAGAGUCUAUUUUGGUCUUUCAAAUGUCUAUUGCAUUUUUGCUCGAUAAAGAAAUCUAUAUAGAGGUAUAG